AUGGAUUCAGCUAUGGUUCUGCAUCUUCCUGUUAGUUCUGCUGCAAACAUCACUAUCAACAUUAAUUCCAUUCCUAUGCUAAAUGAUGUUAACUUUAAGUCAUGGCAAGAGAACGUUAUGAUAGUUCUCAGAGCCAGUGAUCUUGAUAUUGUGUUAAGGUUUCCUUCUCCUGCACCUCAUAUGGACAAAAGUUCCACUGAUGAGAAAAAAAAUAUGGAGAAGUGGGAGAGACUAAAUCGCAUGUGUAUGAUGAUCAUGAAAAGGGUCAUUCCAGAAGCAUUCAGGGGCACUAUGUCUGAGAAGAUAACUACUGCCAAAGAGUUUCUUGAGGACAUUGAGAAAAUGUUUGAUAAGAAUGAAAAGGCUAAAAUUAGUACACUUUUGGAAAAUCUUAUCUUAAUGAGAUACAAAGGGAAAUAA